AAGAGAUGCCGGGCCGGCCUCUGUCCCGUCGACUAGCAAGUUUCUUGUUAGCUUACAGAAACACACCGCACGCCACAACCCUUCAGAGUCCUGCGGAGUUGCUGCUUGGGCGGCGGCUCACUACCCGUCUCGACAGACUGCGACCCUCUGCAGAGGAAACUGUUCACCGCAAGCAGGACGUGCUACAGGUGAAGCACAGUGGCAAACACCGACACUUCGUGCCGGGUGAUAAGGUGUACGUCAAGAACUUCCGGCCGGGUGAGAGGUGGUUGCACGGAGUCGUCAUGGCUAGAUCCGGACCGGUCUCCUACAGGCUUCGCGUGACCACACCGCGGGGGACCUUCGUGUGGCGGCGACACCAAGACCACCUGCGGUUGCGGGAGAGCUCUACCCCAGAGGAGGAGGAAGGUGGUUUGCUGAUACCGAGUGUCCUGCCAUCAUCGCCAACCCCAGGGCAAGGGGGACUCGUGAACGAGCUGCCUCCAGUUGGGUCACCGGUGGUAGAGGGACAAGACAUGGGAUCAACUCCAGUCUCCGGUCGUUCCCCAGCCCAGCCGCAAGAAAUUCAGCGCCGGUAUCCCGAACGGCAACGGCGUGCGCCUAAUAGGUUUUCGCCUUGAGAAGGAAGAGAAAAAGACGAGGACUUUGUGUUUUUCAGAACUGUAAUUAUUUUGUAUUUAGUAUGUCUGUACUUUGUACUUUCCAGAACUUCAAUUAUUCUCGUGUUUUGUUAAAUUGUCAUAUCGUGUUACUUUGUGAGUAUUGCACUGGAACGCCGUCGAAUGGUAUUACUGUGCUGAACUAAGUGUGGGGGAGUGUUGUAUGGGUGACACAAUAAGCGGGCAACAGCUAGCGCGCGCUCGUGCGUCUCGCGCCACUG